UCUAAAUCUCUCUCUCUCUCUCUCUCUCUCUCUAAAUUCUGUGUUGUCUCUCUCUCUCUUUGCCUUCUGUUCUUUGGCGGUAUAUUCCCUGGUGCGAUUCUCGUUUCCAUUAAUAACUGAGAAACCACCCCCCAACUAAUCGCAUUCCCAUCUCUCCCUCUUUGUCUCUUCCUUUUUCAUUUGUAGGGCAUUUGCUGUGUCUUGGUUUCAGCCAUGAUCUGAGGCGCAAGUGCAACUUUUAUUUGAGAUAAUUUUGAAAGAUUUCCUCUAUUGUGAAGGAUACUACGAGUUAACUAGAAUGAAGUUAUUGAUUGGGAACAAAGGGGUUUGUGAAUGGCUCCUUGUUUUGCUUUGCUUCAACAGGAAUGAUGCAGAUAAUGAUGCAAUCAUGGCUUUCUAGUAUCUUGAUCCCCCAAUGGCCCAGUCUAAAUGGAAACAUGACCUUAUGAACAUGCGAAUCUAACAUUUAGUCAUGGCAAGUCCUUGAAGAGCUAGAGCGCGUUUUUGCAUUAUUAUGUAGUGCAAAUUAGAUUGUCUAGCUCUUGAUAUUGAUCUGGUGGAGAAGUAGGCAAAGAUUCAAAAUGGAGGUUUCAGCUGUCCACUCUGGUUCCCAAAAGCAGUUGUUGUGCCGUAAAUUACCUUCAUUCCAUACCCGGAGUGAUAUAUGGUCUGUUGCUCGAGAAGGUUCCAUAUCUGAUUUGGAUAAUGCUUUGAUAGCAUUGAAGAAGAAUGGUGGAAAUAUUGAUGCAAGAAAUUCAUGUGGCCUUACUCCUCUUCAUAUUGCAACAUGGAGAAACCAUUUGCCAAUUGUGAGGAGAUUACUUGCUGCUGGUGCUGAUCCUGAUGCCAGGGAUGGAGAAUCAGGAUGGAGCAGCUUGCACCGAGCUCUCCAUUUUGGACAUCUUGCUGUUGCAGGAUUUCUUAUUGAGUCUGGUGCAUCUCUUACAUUAGAGGAUUCUAAGUAUCGUGUUCCUAUUGAUCUUCUUUCUGGACCUGUGAAGCAGGCCAUUGGCAAUGGAGAUAAUUCAGUGGCAACUGAAGUUUUUAGUUGGGGGAACGGUGCCAAUUACCAGCUUGGAACUGGAAAUGCCCACAUACAAAAGCUGCCAUGCAAGGUUGAUACGCUUCAUGGCUCUUGUAUCAAAAUCGUGGGUGCUGCAAAGUUUCACAGUUUAUCUGUAGCUGCUAAUGGUGAUCUGUAUACUUGGGGAUUUGGGAGAGGGGGCCGUCUUGGUCAUCCUGACUUUGAUAUCCACAGUGGUCAAGCGGCAGUGAUUACACCUCGUCAAGUGAUUAGUAUAUUGGGUUCUCGCCAGAUUAAAGCUGUAGCAGCAGCAAAACACCAUACUGUGAUUGCAACAGAGGGAGGUGAAGUAUUUACAUGGGGGUCCAAUAGAGAGGGUCAGCUUGGUUACACCUCAGUGGAUACUCAACCAACACCACGUCGUGUAAGUUCCCUCAAGGCAAAGGUAAUUGCUGUUGCUGCUGCAAACAAGCAUACAGCAGUGGUGUCUGAAUCAGGGGAAGUGUUCACUUGGGGUUGUAACAAGGAAGGUCAACUUGGAUAUGGUACCUCAAAUUCGGGUUCAAACUACAAUCCCCGUGUUGUUGAAUAUUUGAAAGGGAAAGUUUUCAAAGCUGUUUCGGCAGCGAAGUAUCAUACCAUUGUCUUAGGAUCAGAUGGUGAGGUAUUUACAUGGGGUCAUAAGCUAGUCACACCUAGACGUGUGAUGAUUUCUAGAAAUACAAAGAAAAGGGGGACCGUACCAUUGAAGUUCCAUCGCAAGGAACGUCUCCAUGUGGUUGCUGUGGCUGCUGGCUCAAUUCAUAGUACAGCACUCACAGAGGAUGGAGCUGUGUUUUUCUGGGUCUGCUCUGAUCCUGAUAUUAGAUGCCAACAACUUUAUUCGAUGUGUGGAAGGAGUGUGGUGAGCAUAUCUGCUGGGAAAUUUUGGACUGCUGCAGUGACAACAAGUGGUGAUGUUUAUGUGUGGGAUGGCAAGAAAUUCAAGGAUGAAGCACCCGUACCAUCUCGUUUACAUGGUGUCAAGCGUGCCACAUCAGUUGCAGUUGGUGAAACGCAUUUGCUUGUUACUUGUGCCCUCUAUUCUCCUGAUUAUAUUCCUAAACCAGAUGAGGAUGCCAUGCCCGAAAGAUUGACAGGGGAUGUGGAAGAAUUGGAUGAAGAUUUUGUAUUCAGUGAGGACAAUUCGAUGGGUCAAAAAGAAGUUGGUAUGGAUAAGAACGGGUUGCUUAGAAGUACACCGACUCUAAAAUGCUUGUGUGAGAAAGUUGCGGCAGAUUUUCUUCUAGAGCCAAGGAAUUCUAUACAGCUGCUUGAAAUUGCCGAUGCCCUUGAGGCAGAUAGUCUGAGGAAGCAUUGUGAGGAUUUAAUCCUCCGAAAUCUCGACUUCAUAUUUGCAGUCUCUGCACCUUCCAUAGCAAGUGCUUCUCCAGAAAUCUUAGCAAAGUUGGAGAAGUCGUUGGACAAGAGGUCCUCUGAACCAUGGUGUUAUCGCCGGCUCCCAACUCCAACUGCCACUUUCCCUGCUAUCAUAAACAGUGAGGAGGAGGGCGACUCCAAGACUGGAUGCUUCAGACUUCGAAACAGGCAAUUGAGUUCCAUUAAAAAGGCCUACUGUAGAGAUUCUAGGGCUGGAGAAGGCUUUUUGCAACAAAAUAGUGCAAUUGAUCAAGCAAUGUCCAAACAAGUGAGGGCUCUAAAGAAGAAGUUACAACAAAUAGAGAUUCUUGAGGCCAAGCAGUCCAAUGGGAUUCACCUUGAUGAGCAACAGUUAGAAAAGGUGAGAAGCAAAUGGGUACUUGCAGAUGCCCUUGCUGAGCUAGGGGUUCCUAUGGAGAUGGAGGAGAAAGCACCCUUGGUUGGUCUAGACAGUGGGAAAGGGGGAAAGAAAGGAGUGGUAUCUAAAAAAAAUAGAAGGAAAAGCCAGCAGAAAACUGAGGUGUUAAUGGAGCCUAAUUUGGUUGUUGGAUUCCCCGAUGCCACAAGUUCUCCAGUUCUCGAAGAGCCUAACUUGAUUGUUGGAUUCCCUGAUUUCAGUAGUCCUGCAAUUCUGGAAGAAAAGGAAGAUGGAGGCGGUGUAAAGCUGGCUGAGAUCAAGGCACCAGAUGAGGUGUCUUUUAAUGGCCAGAAAAGUAAUACACCACCCCAAUCGUGUAAUCAAUCUUCAAAUCCCACCCCACUUCCCAAGAAGAAGAAGAAGAAAGGUGGUCUCUCUGUGUUUUUGAGCGGUGCUCUUGAUGACAUCCCAAAAGAAGAACCCUCACCCCCACCUCGCAAAAGUGAGGGGCCUGCAUGGGGUGGGGCAAAAAUCUCAAAGGGCUUCACUUCUCUUCGUGAUAUACAGAGUGAGCAAAGCCACCAAACCAAGGAAAGCAAGUCCAAUAACAAUACCAGGGAGAAAGGCAAGAGUGAGGAAAUUGUGGAGGGAGGAAGCGGGAGUCAAAUUCGUUUGAGCUCAUUUCUUCCAGGGACUGUCUCCUCACCUAUACCUGUAGGCUCAGGCAGAGGGGCACAGGCUUCGGUGGAGGGUGAGAAGAGCACCCCGCCUUGGGCAGGGGCAGGGUCCUCACCCGGCCUUUCUAGGCCCUCUUUGAGGGAUAUACAGAUGCAACAGGAGAAAAAGCACUCGUCUCAUAGCCCAAAAACUAGGAUCUCCGGAUUUCAGGCCAACUCCCCUGAUUCCAGCAAAGAGGUCAUACCCAACCGCUGGUUCAAGCCGGAGGCCGAAGCCCCUUCCUCCCUUCGAUCGAUUCAGAUUGAAGAGAAAGCUAUUAAAGAAUUCAAGCGCUACUACAGCAGUGUAAAACUAGUGAAACAAGGGUGAGGAUGGGGCUGUAAAUUUAUACUGUACAGGCUCUCUCUGUUUUUUUUUUAAAAAAGGUCACUUUUCUUCCUUUUUCCCCACUUUUUAUCUCUUUGGGAAAUAAUUGAAAUUGCCAUUUUUACUUUUGUAAUUGUUGGAUAGGUGUUAGUUACAUGUUUAGGUUUUUCCUUUAUUGAAAUAAAAGAAAGUUGAAAUUA